AUGUCAGACUUAGCCAGUAUAAUGCUUAGCCGCGGCUUUCUAAAAGCCCUUUACACAGGGAACAUGCUCUGGCACACUAGUGCAUUCAUCCACUUCUCCUUCCGCCCCCAACACACCCUUCUCCGCGUCGGGCGACGCAUCAACUCCUCCAACCCAGCAAUCUCCUCCACGCCCGGCGGCGACGCAUGGCAUCACGAUAUCCUCGACUAUCUUGGCAAGAUAAACUUAGGCUUCGUAGCACUUGCUGCUUUACGCCUUACUGUUUUACUCAAAACUAGAUCAAGUAGUCCUGAGGUAGUGGGGAACGGGUUGGGGGAGGAUCUGGAUGUUCUGGCUUUGACGGUGCUUGGAAUUGCGAAUGCGAGUCAAGCGUGGAACAAUCUGGUGGUUUUGAGGAAGACGGAUAGGUGGAUCUUGGGGAAGGGGUUUGAUAGGAUUACGGUCCUUGAUACUGUGUUCGCGGUUCUGGACUUUGGGGUCGUUGUGGCGAAAAUUCUGAAGCGGUAG